AUGGCAGAUCCAACUCCACUCUUGCCUCACUCAACCUCCUCCGACCCCAUCUCCACUCCCCCAAUAUCGCUCGACUCAGUCAUCGAACGAGUCACAACCAACUCGGCCUGGCCACAGUUGCUCCAAGCCAUCCUGGUCUCCAUGUCAUGGUUCUUUGACGGCCAACAAACCUUCAUAACCGUCUACACAGACGCGGAACCAACAUGGCACUGCACCGAACAUCCCAACACGACAUGUCGUUCAACCUCCAACAUUUGCGACCUCUCCACCUCCGCAUGGGCUUGGGACAGACCAUCUUCCACCACCAUCAUCUCAGACUUCAACCUUCAAUGUGCCUCAUCCCUAAUCUCAGGCCUGCCGGCCUCAGCUUUCUUCUUUGGUUGCUUAAUGGGGGGGUUCAUUUUGGCAACACUCGCUGACUCAUCACUUGGCAGAAGGAACUUGCUCUUCCUCUCGUGCUUCACCAUGUGCGUGGCUUCACUCAUAACCGCGUUUUCAACAAACGUUUUUGUAUAUGCCGCGUUGAGAUUUAUCAGUGGAUUUGGGCGUGCUUCUAUCGGUGCCUGUGCACUGGUUCUAUCCACCGAAAUCGUGAGCAGAAAAUGGCGUGGUCGAAUUGGGAUUGCCGGGUUCUUUUGCUUCACAUUUGGGUUCUUGUCACUACCAGGUAUAGCUUACGUUAAUAGAUACUCAUCAUGGAGAACAUUAUAUAUGUGGACUUCAGUUCCUGGCAUCUUGUAUUGUGUGUUAGUCUUUUUGUUUGCGAGUGAGUCUCCCAAAUGGCUGUUCACUCGGGGUCGUAAAGAUGAGGCCGUGGCUACACUAGGAAGACUUGGACAUUGGAAUCAUAGCAGCUUGAACCUGUACUUAUCCAGCAUCCCACUCUUGGAGGAAUCGGCUGAAGUAGAUCUAUUCUCGUCGCUGAAGAACUUGUUUGAGAAAAAGUGGGCAUUUCGUCGAACACUUGCCCUGAUGUCAGUUGGUUUUGGGGUUGGAAUGGUUUACUACGGCAUGCCAUUGGGGGUUGGGAACUUGGGAUUCAAUAUCUACCUUAGUCUGACAUUGAAUGCAAUGUCUGAGAUACCUUCCUUCGCUCUCACUUUAUUUUUCAUAGGAAAAUGGAACAGAAAGAGCUCAUUGCUAACAUUUAUGAUGAUAAGUGGGGUUUGUAGCAUAAUGUGUGUGGUAGUUAGCUCCAAAUGGUUGCAGAUAGGGUUGGAAAUAGUGUCAUUUUUCAGCGCCAACACAGCUUUUUCCAUCUUAAUGAUUUACACGUUGGAGCUAUUUCCGACGUGUGUGAGGAACUCAGCCACGUCCAUGGUGAGGCAAGGGCUAGUGAUUGGGGCCAUUUUUAGUCCGGUGUUGAUUUCAGCUGGGAGAAAUUACAAUGAGUUUUUUUCAUAUGGAGUUUUUGGGGUUGUGAUUAUUUGUUGUGGGGUGUUUGUGUUUUUGUUGCCGGAAACAAAAGGCGUGGCUCUCUGUGACACCAUGGAUGAGCAAGAGCGCAAGGAGGUUACAGACCAGAUCAAUACUAGUGUUUAA